AUGUCAGCAUCACAUUCCCAUCAAGGUGGAGCAAGAGGAGGAAAAGAUCAAUUCAAUUGGAAUUCAGUUAAAUCAGAUAAAGAUCGAGAAUGUUAUCUAGGACAUUCAGUUAUGGCACCAACUGGUCGAUGGCAAGAAGGUAAAGAUUUAACAUGGUAUGCAAAAAAUCGUGAACAAGAGCAGCAAAUAAAAUCAGCAGAAUUUCGAGCAGCCAAAAAAAUUGAAGAAGACGCAUUGAUGACAGCAUUAGGAAUUAAAGUGAUGCCUCCGCCGCCGCCACCACCACCACCCUCAACUUUUUCUACUUCAACACAACAUAAAUCGUCCAUUAAACGGGAAACAACAUCAAUUAAAAAUGAACCGAUGACACCAUCCAUACAUAAUGAUUCUCGUGAUUUAAAACAGCAUCAUCAUGGUAUAGGACAUGAUAAUCAACGAAAAGAAGAUCGAAGACGGCGAAGACAACUAAAAGCAACUGGUUCUGAUGAAGAAAAGCAUGAUUGGUCAGAUAAUGACGAAGAAGAUUUAGAAGACAAUGAAGAUGGCGAUAAAACAAAACAAUCGUUGCAACAAAAUGUGAUGACUGAAAAAGAAUUAGAUGACUUUCUUAUUGAUCUUGUGAAGAAACAUGGUUUCAAAACACUGAAACGAACAUUUAAAACAAAAAAAGAUAAAAAAGAACACAAACAUCAACAUUCAUCAUCGUCGUCAUCAGAUUCUGAGCCAGAUUCAAAACGUAAACAUAAGAAAACACAUCGUCGUAAAGAAGAAAAAGCUGAAUCUAAAAAACGUCAUCGGACUCAAUCAUCUUCUCCAUCGGCAUCAUCGAAAACUGGCAGUUCUAAACAUGAUCGAAAUCGAUAA